UUUUCGCGGACAAAACCUACUUAUCGAGAAACGAAUCGAGUGUCGUAACGAGAAAAACAUGAGUUCCACUUGUUCCUCAACUCCUCCUCCACUCCCGAUUCUGACAUUCACAGAGAGAGCCAAAUCUCUCUCAGAGAUCCAACAAGCUCACGCCUUCAUGCUCAAAACCGGCCUCUCUCGCGACACUUUCUCCGCGAGCAAACUCAUCUCCUUCGCCGUCGCGAACCCAGACCCCAAAACCGUCUCCUACGCUCACUCCAUCCUCACCCGCAUCGACGCCCCCAACGCCUUCACCCACAACUCCCUCAUCAGAGCCUACGCCAACAGCCCCACCCCGGAGACCGCUCUGACCGCGUUUCGCGAGAUGAUGCUCCACGGCUCUGUGGACCCGGAUAAGUACAGCUUCACGUUCGCGUUGAAAGCUUGCGCCGCGUUUCGCGGGGUCGAGGAAGGGAGGCAGAUCCACGGCCUCUUCUUGAAGUCCGGUUUGGUCUCCGACGUGUUUGUGGAGAACACGCUUGUGAAUGUGUACGGGAGGAGCGGGUGGUUCGAGGUUGCGCGUAAAGUGCUCGACGGAAUGCCUGAGAGAGAUGUCGUUUCGUGGAACUCGUUGUUGAGCGCUUUUGUUGAGAAGGGUUUGGUGGAGGAAGCGAGGGGGUUGUUUGAUGAGAUGGAGGAGAGGAAUGUUGAGUCUUGGAACUUUAUGGUUUCGUGUUACGCGGCUGCGGGGUUGGUUGAGGAGGCGAGAAGGGUUUUCGAUGAGAUGCCUGUGAAGGAUGUGGUUUCUUGGAACGCGAUGGUGAGUGGUUACGCGCGUGCGGGUUGUUACGGAGAAGCGUUGGAGGUUUUUAGUGAGAUGCUUGAGAGCUCUGAAGAGGAGCCUGAUGGUUUUACCUUUGUGAGUGUGUUGUCUGCGUGUGCUAAUCUUGGAUCGUUGAGUCAAGGUGAAUGGGUGCGUGUUUAUAUCGACAAGCGUGGGGUUGAGGUUGAUGGGUUUUUAGCGACGGCUCUUGUGGAUAUGUAUUCCAAGUGCGGGAGAAUUGAUAAGGCUAUUGAAGUGUUUAGAGGUACUUGGAAGAAAGAUGUGAGUACAUGGAACUCGAUGAUCUCGGGUUUGAGCGUACACGGUCUUGGAAAUGAUGCUUUGGAGAUAUUUUCGGAGAUGGUUUAUGAAGGUUUUAAACCGAACAGUAUCACUUUCAUCGCUGUUCUAUCUGCCUGCAAUCAUGUGGGUUUGUUAGACCAAGCUCGCAAACUCUUUGAAACGAUGAGUAGUGUUUACGGGGUUGAGCCGAGUAUUGAGCACUAUGGCUGUAUGGUGGAUUUGCUUGGUCGGAUGGGUAAAUUCGAGGAAGCUGAAGAACUUGUGAACAAGGUUCCACCUGAUGAGGCUUCGGUUCUAUUGGAAUCUCUUCUUGGUGCAUGUAAAAGGUUUGGUUGCACGGAACAAGCAGAGAGUAUAGCGAAUCGGUUAUUGGAAUUGAAUCCAGGGGAGACUUCUGGUUAUGUUCAGAUGUCAAACUUGCAUGCUUCUAAUGGAAGAUGGGAGGAGGUUACGGAGGUGAGAAGAAAGAUGAGAGCAGAAAGAGUAAGCAAGAAGCCUGGAUGUAGCAUGAUUGAAGUCAACGGGGUCGUCCAUGAGUUCUUAGCUGGUGAAGGACUAAUAAACGACUAACACUCUGGUUUCAAGUCAGAAGAACCACUCAACUUUGAAAACCAAGAAGAAGAAACAGGUUUCUUUCGUCCCCAUCUCAUCAUUCCAAAGAAUCUGAAAAAGUUUUGUGGUCUCUUUUUCUACCGGGGGUUUCUUAGGAUGGACUAUAAAACAAUAUGAUUAAAAAAAAGUAAGGGAUGUAUCUAGAGGUUACUGUUGUAAUAUGGUUAGGUCGUUGUGUUUAAUAGGGAGAUGGAAGAUGUUGUCUUAACGUGUAAAAAGCUAGUUGCAGUUUGAAAAAAAAGAAAGAGCGAACUAAACCCGCCUGAAGAAUCCUGUGACCACUUUUGGCCUUAGAAAACUUUUUGUUUUUUUAAUUGGUUUUGUAAUCUCUGGGUAUGUAUUGGAAUUUAUACCGAAGUAGGGGACCAGCUUUAUCAAUCAAAAACCAAACUUCAUUGAUGACAAA